AUGAGCAACCAGCGCAUAGUUUCCAGUUCAUCAAUUCCUCGAUCUAUCCCGACGCAGCCAGAGCAAGCCAUUGCAAACGACUCGGAACCUCCGACGACGAGUUUCGACGCCAACCUGGCUACUGCUACCGUUUCCCGUGAUGGCGCAUCGGCAACACCCCCUACGCCUACUUCCUUGAAUGGCGACACCCUAGCUAUAUCUCGUCAUAGUACACCGAGCCAUAAGGGCCUUCAGCCGCCUACGCUCAACAACCUUCCACAUGUUAGUCUUGGUCCAGUGGCGCAUCCCCAUGCGCAUCCCUCCUCCCUGGCUACCGCGCUCAGGGCCCUGAACGAUGGGCCUGGAGGAGCUGCCUUCCGCGAUUUUCCCACGCCUUCAUCUAACGAUUCUCCAUACACCAAGAGUAUAUCGUCGACUGCUCCUGGCUCCCCUAGAAUCCCGCCUAUAAGACAGAAUUCCGGUUCGCAGACCCCUCGGGUUCGACCUCAUGCUACAACACUCAGUAUUCCUGGUAUGACCCGAUCGCUCAUCUCGCCCGAUGGAAAGAUAGCGGAUAGAGAUGUGGCUGCAAAACUUGUCAUUAUCAUGGUUGGCCUCCCGGCCAGGGGCAAGUCAUACAUCACCAAGAAGCUUCGAAGAUAUCUCUCUUGGCAGCAACAUAACACCCGAAUAUUCAACGUUGGUAAUCGACGACGUGUUGCGACCGUGGCCUCGCCCACUCUGCACCGUAAGGAGAGUUCUAUGGACAUCCCACCUCAGGCGGCUACCAUCCUAGUGAAUGGUGCUCAGCCACCUGAGUCUCCAGCUCGAAAGAAGUCAACUCCCUACGAUCAGGACGGCUCCGCUCCAAAGCCAAUGGACCAAUCCGCCAAAUUCUUUGACCCCAACAACGAGCAAGCAUCCAAAUUGAGGGAGGAGAUCGCCAUCGAUACUUUGAAUGAGUUGCUAGAUUACUUGAUCAGUGGUGGAGGUUCCGUCGGCAUUCUCGACGCCACCAACAGCACACUCCAUCGUCGACAGAAUCUGUUUAACCACAUCAAAGCCAGAGAGCCCAAGCUAGGUAUUCUGUUCAUUGAGAGCGUUUGCAAGAACCCCAAUCUCCUGGAAGCGAAUAUGCGCCUUAAGCUUUCCGGUCCCGACUAUAAGGACAAAGAUCCCGUCAAGUCAUUGGAAGACUUCAAGGAGCGUGUCAAGGCGUACGAAAGUGCCUAUGUGCCGCUAGGCGACUAUGAGGAGGAGCAUGAGAUGCAAUAUAUCAAGAUGACGGACGUUGGAAAGAAGCUUACCCACUUUGGAUUAGGGGGCUUCUUGAGCAGCGGCAUCGCUCAUUAUCUAUCCUCCUUCAACCUGUCUCCCAGGCAGAUCUGGCUCACCCGGCAUGGCCAAUCCGCGGAUAACCAGCUUGGCAAGAUUGGAGGCAAUUCGGAACUAACCGAUCGUGGCCAUUUGUAUAGUCUAGUCCUGUACAAAUUCAUCACGCAGAAGCGCCAGGAAUGGUUAGUAGAGCAGAAGGACAAGAUUGCACAAUCUUCAUUCCCUCCUCUACCCGGAGAUCAGUCGCCUCCUUAUCCCGACCUAAACCGAGAGCUUGACGAGAAGAACUUCUGCGUUUGGACGUCAAUGUUGACGCGCAGCAUACAAACGGCCCAGCACUUCGAAGCAGACGAAGAUUACGACGUCAAGAACUGGGAAAUGCUCAACGAGCUCAACGCGGGCAAGUUCGAGGGUUUGACGUACGAGGAGAUUGCUCGUACUCACAACGACGAGUACACGAAGCGUAAGAUGGACAAGCUCCAUUACGUCUACCCUGGUGUCGGUGGCGAGGGUUACCUCCAGGUCAUCAGUCGUCUCCGAGACAUGGUACGAGAGAUCGAACGAAUCAAGGAUCACGUGAUGAUCAUCGGGCAUCGUUCGAUCUGCCGUGUCCUGAUGGCUUACUUCAUGGAUCUUACCCGAGAUGACAUUGCGGACUUGGACAUGCCUCUUGGCAUGUUGUACGCCAUAGAGCCCAAGCCGUACGGCAUCGAGUUUCACGCGUAUAAGUACGACGAGGAGAAGGGAUGGUUCAACGAGGUGCCCGGCUACAAGCCUACGAGGACGGUCGACCGUAGUGCCUAA